AUGACUCGUGACACGGACCGUGACCGGAAGCGGCGACGCUCGCGCUCGCGCUCUCCCCCGCGUCCCCACCCGAGCCGCCACAACACCCGCCGCACAUCAUCUUCUUCUCCUGUAUCUCCUCUCUAUGUUCGCCAAUUGGUGUCGACAUCCGACGUCUCUCGCGCUCAGGAGACGACAGCGCCGGACGCCACUCGAAGCGCUGCAGCCGCUUUACCUGCUUUAGCGCACCGUGAAGAGCUCCUCUCUGCCCUCGCAGACCACCAAGCUGUAGUCUGUGUAGGCGAGACUGGAUCCGGCAAGACCACGCAGAUUCCGCAGUAUUUGGACGCCUGUGGCGCGUAUACGGAUGUUCAACGGGCGGUCGGUGGGGGAUCUCGUUGUGUAGCCAUUACACAGCCCAGACGCGUAGCUACUGUGUCUGUCGCCACACGUGUGGCUGAGGAAAUGAACACACGUGUUGGAGGGGAUGGGGCUGUGGGGUACGCGAUCCGGUUCGAGUCGCGGUGUAGCAGCCAGACGAGGCUGAAGUUCCUGACGGAUGGAGUGUUAGUGCGGGAAUGUCUGAACGAUCCGCUGCUCGAAAAAUACAGCGUCGUGAUGCUGGAUGAAGCUCACGAGCGCAGUAUUCAUACUGACUUGCUGUUUGGACUGCUGAAACAGGUGAUGGCACGACGACCAGAGUUCCGCGUGCUCAUCACGUCUGCGACGUUAGAUGCCGACAGGUUUGCCGAGUUUUUCGGCGAGAGAAUGGCAGUAUCAAGUGGUGAAACGAGCACGAAGGAGAAGAAGAAGAAGCCUAAGAAGCACAAGAGUGUGAAGCCAUGCCCAGUGGUCAUGAUCCCCGGACGCGUGUAUCCUGUGGAAAUCUUCCAUUCCAAGCAACGACAAGUCAUGGGAAACAGAGGUCCAUUGUCGACGUACGUGCGCGCGGCUAUUGACACGACGAUGCAAGUGCACAAUAGUGAGGAGCCAGGUCAUAUUCUAGUCUUCCUUACCGGGCAGCGUGAGGUUGAAGACGCCUGCGCAAAGAUUCGGUUGCUUUAUCAUGAGCAGCGGUCGAAGCAAAGAAACGACAUGGACAUGCGUGUGCUGCCACUGUACGGUGCUUUGCAAGGCCGAAGACAGCGUGAUAUCUUUGAUGUGGUACCGGUACAUCGCGUGCGCAAGGUGAUUGUCGCGACGAAUAUUGCUGAGACUUCGUUGACGAUUGACGGCGUUCGAUAUGUCGUAGACUGCGGCUUUACAAAGCAGAAAGUGUACAAUCCAGUGCAGCAGAUCGAGUCGCUCGUGAUCGUGCCGAUAUCGAAGGUGUCGGCGCAGCAGCGCGCAGGUCGAGCAGGUCGCACGGCUCCUGGAAAGUGUUUCCGCUUGUACAACAAGGCGUCUUACGAAGAAAUGGCGCAGGAGACCGUGCCUGAGAUUCAACGCACGAACCUCGCAAAUACUGUCCUGUAUCUCAAGCUGCUUGGUAUACAGGACGUGCUCGGAUUUCCAUACUUGGACCCACCCGACGACGACUCCCUCUUGGAUGCACUCAAGCAGUUGUACGUGCUAGGAGCGCUAGACUCCAGCAAUGGCGAGGCUACUCCAGUUGGUAAACUUAUGGCUGCUUUUCCGCUUGAGCCAAGGCUAUCUCGUGCCCUGGUCGAAUCGUUGCUGUUGGAUUGUGGUCGUGAGAUGACGCAGGUAGUUGCCAUGCUUUCUGUGGAAAACAUCUUUGCUGAGGCUCGCUGCAAGCAGCGUCGUCGUGAUGAAAGCGACGAUGAAGGAAACAAGGCAUCUGACUGGAUGCACCGCAUGCUCAGUCUAAAAGAAGACGGACUUGUGCACGAAGACGGAGACCCGCUCACGUUCCGAUCAUUGCUCGAGGCUUUCGAAUCGAAGUCUCGCAAAGUGCGAGGUUAUUACCGCGAUCUUGAACGGUGGUGUGAAGACCGCCAUCUUCGAUUUCGAGCCCUGACAAUGGCGGUAUCCGUGAUGAAACAGCUUCGUGGCAUCAUUGACUCGCUUUCUGGACGUGAUCUGGAUGCCGUAAAGACGAGUAUGCGGGUCAAUGAGAACCGCCUAGAUGAGUCAGUCGAUGAUCGUCUUCGCCAAGCAUUCUGCGCUGGUUUCUUUAUGAAUGCGGCACGUCGAUGCACAAUGGACACGGCGUUUCGCCUCAUUUUCCAUGACUGUGAUGACCGAAAAGCAGUCCAGCUUGUGCAAUUCCAUCCGCUAUCGGUGAUGUGCUACUCUGCUCCGCCCGAAUUUUGUGUGUUCCAAGAGCUUGUUGUCACUAGUAAGCCGUUCAUGCGCUGUGCAUUGGCUGUCGAGCGUCGUUGGCUUGACCACUACUUCAGCGGCAAAAAGGAGAUCUCAUUGGCGCUGCUCUAUGCUUUGUGUGGACGCAAGCCUCCUGCUGCUAAAGAUGAGGAUCGCAAGAUAGUAAUAAAGCAGCGCGAUGGUGAAAUGGCGGAGCGUCAAACGCAGCCAGCGCCUGUGACGGCUGAUGCCGUUGCUGCAGCCCGUGCACGAUUCUUGGCGCGCAAGACACGCUCAUGA